CGCCCUUUGGCUCCCCUUCCUCCCCUCCAGUCUGCGCCCAGCCGACCCGCCAUCCCAAUCCCGCCCUUUCCUCCGGCGAGCCCGAGCCCGUUGUCAAGCCGAACGACUCGCCGUCCAUCGCUGUGCAUAUCUACGGCCUCGCACCCCCCCCCUUGCACAUCCGCCCAUCCACCCGGCGGCCCAUCCACCCAACCCGCACCAGCAACCCACCGGCCACGAUGCUCGAGUCCUUCGGCGACGAGCCAAAGUCGCAGCACAACAUGGCAAUCCUGGUGCCGAUGACGCUGUUCGGCUCUAUCGGCGUCUUUUGCAUCUUUGUCUUUUGUCUGGUCCGCACCAGCUUCGUGGACAUUUACUCGCCAAGAAGCUCGCUCAAGAGUGGGCGACCCCCCAAGAUCCCAAAGGGUCUGCUAUCGUGGAUUCCUAUCACGGUAUCGGCCUCCCAGGACUUUAUGAUCUCGACAGUCGGCCUCGACGGCGUCAUGCUUCUCCGCUUCUUUGGUGGCAGCGCAAAGUUCUUUGGGCUGCUGACCUUGCUGGGCCUUGCGUUUGUCGCCCCAUCCAACUACUUUGCCCAGCCGUUUCCCAAGAACUCGCAUGCCCUUGACGAGCAACGGCUGCUCAAGGCCCUCAGCAUCGACAACGUCCCAAACAACUCGCCGUUUCUGCGGGCCAAUCUGCUCUUCACCUGGGUCUUCUCCAUCGUCGCAUACGGGUUCCUGGUUGCGUACUACCGCGGCUAUGUCGGCAUCCGGCUCCGCUACUACGAAAACGUCCUGAAUCGGUCGCAGCUGAGCAAGAUCGAGACCCGCACCAUCAUGGUUCACAGCAUCCCGGCCGAGCUCCGCCACGAGGUCGACCUGGCGGCCUAUUUUGAGGGCCUUGGCAUCGGAACGGUCGAAAACGUGGUUAUUUGCCGUACCUGGACCCGCUUGCGCCAGGCCGUGAGCAUGCGUGCCUUCUGCCUGACCAAGCUCGAGAAGAUCUACGCCGACAUGUUGCGCCGGGCCCACAGUAACCACAAGGUCGACCGCUUCCGGUUCCUCUGGGCAUGGCUGGGCCUCGACAACACCCCCAACGCUGACGCCCACCAUGCCGCCCGUGCUCCGCACGAGACCAGAGCCAUGUACAGCCACGGCGACGACGACGACAAUGCCGAUCUUGAAGAUCCUGCUGCCGAGUCCUCCCGCCGGCCGCUGCUGGACCGCUCCUCGCGCUCCCGCCGGUUCUCCAACGCCGAUCCUGCCGACACUGCGAUUUUCGAGAUCAUGUCCCGGGUCAACGCCAUGGACCCGGCCCUCCGGCCUGUGCACAAAACGGGUCUGUUUGGGCUCUUUGGCCAGACCAUCGACUCGGCCGACUACUACGCCGAGCAGUUCCGAGACUGGGACGAGAAGGUCAACCGCCUGCGCCGACACCAUGACUCAUCAUCGACCACGGCCGUUGGCUUUGUGACCUUCCAGUCCCCCGAGAGCGCGAUCGUUGCCUCUCAGGCCGUCAUCCACCGUCGCCCGUUUGCAUGCAUGGUCAAGAUGGCCCCCGAGCCGCGCGACAUCUACUGGGCCAACCUUUCGUCCCGCGCCGCCUCGACCUACAUCAAGCUCCUCAGAAGCAUCUUUGUCUAUGGAACCCUCUUUGCGAUCAUCUUCUUCUCCGUCACGGUCAUCUCGACCGUGAUUGUUCCCCUCGUCAGCUUGGACAAGCUGCCGGAGCUGUUCCCGUGGACCAAGGAGUGGAUCGAGCAUCUGACCCCCAUCCAGAGAGACAUUGUCAACAGCGCCUUGCCCGCGAUGAUCCUUUCCGCCUGGCUGGGCCUGCUGCCGUCGCUGUUGAUCUUCCUGUCGCAGAUCCAAGGCAUCGAAGCCGAGAGCUUGAUCGAAUCCUCCGUGCUGUCAAGGCUCUUUUUCUACCAAACCUGGAACGUCCUCAUUGCUAUCUCCGGAAGUAGUUUGUUCAUUUCCGCGAUCAACAAGGGAACGAUUUUGGAGACUCUCGGCAAGCUGUGGACUGAGGCAUCCCCGCUCUUGAUGAACUACGUUGUGCUGCAAGCCCUGGCCACGUACCCGGCGCAGCUGCUUCUGGUUGCGCCCGUCGUGUUGACCUGGAUCAACCGAAGGGUACCGUGGGCCCAGAACUCGCCCCGCGACUAUUCCACGGCAUACUAUCCCUCGAUUCUGAACUCGAUCAAUUACGGCAUCGUCUACCCAGUUCCGCUCCUGAUUUUUGUUGCCGGUCUGAUGUACGGGCCCAUGGUUCCGUUGAUUCUGCCGUUCUGCACCCUGUUCUUUGCGGUCGCCUGGCUCAUCUACAAGUACGUCCUCCUGUACGUGCACCUCCCGCGGUAUGAAACCAACGGCACGCAUGUCACGCUGAUCGUCAACCGCUGCCUUGGAGGCGUGACGUUGAUGCAGCUGGCGAUGAUGUCGGUGCUGGUCUUCAAGCACGUCGACAACAAGGACAACCGCACGCUGGGACAAGCUGGAUCGCUGAUCGACGACCCGCAGGAGACUCUGCAGCUCACUCCGAGUUUGAAGGUCAUCCUGGCGAUCCUGCCGCUGCUGUUCCUGAACAUCUUUGUGUACUGGUGGCUGAAGAACGGCUACGAGGCCAUCGUCAGUCAUCCUCCGCUGGAGGUGAUUGGCAAGAUUGUCAAGGCCCACUCUCGCUCGGUGCAAGAGCAAGCGUCUCGUCUGCAGGCACAGCCCCAGUCCCAGCAGCAACAGCAGCCUCAGUCGCACGAAGAUGAUGUUGUCGAUGGAUCAGUCCACCCCCAGAUCCGGCCCGAGGCUUCCCCGAUCCUCAACCGCGCCGCACGCUCAGGAAACCACGGCCAGAUGCUCGGCCAUGGCCGCAACAACCUGGCGCGCGCUCGUGGGGGGCCCAGCCACUCGAUCAGCAAGGCUCAUCUGCGCAACUCGAUCGGCCAGGAGCUAGGCGCCACCAGCUCGCGCAGCCAUACAGCCUUCCAGUCCGACCAGGACGACUCGGAGGCCAGUGCCAGCGUGGACGACGGCUUUGGGACUCCAAGCGAAGCCGGUAGCAGCGACGGCGCCAUACCGUCGCCAUCACUUUCGGGUGCAGACGGCAUGGGCAUCAUCCAUCCGCAAAACACUCUGGACAUUGCCGAGCCCACGGCCACGGAGGAACAGGGCCUGGUCAGCGACGACUUUGCCGAGGGCCGGUACAACCGCAACCGCGUGCAGCAUCUCGAGCCGCCGAUGAUCCGUGUCCCCGGCAUUCUCGAUGCGCCCGUGACCUUCAACUCGGCCUUGAUUCCAGAGGGCGACGAGGCCGAGCUCAUGCUGGACCCCAACAGCAACGAGGAUAUGCAGGUCCACACGUACAUCCACCCGGCCCUGAUCGGCCGCCUCCCGGUGGCCUGGAUCCCCGGCCCAUCUCAGCCACAUCGACUGGUGGAAGCCCGGCAAGACCAGGCCCGCAUCCAGCGCGAAACAUAUCGACGCAUCGUGGCCAAGCAGCGUGCCGAGAUCCAGGUGAUCGACCAGCGCACGGACGACGAAGUCGAGCCCGCAGGUCGCCCGCACGCCCGCGAUCGCCACAGACCCGCAACCGACGAGCCCCAGGAAGGAGUCAUAGGCCGAGUCAAGAGCUUCGUGGACGGCCUCACCAGCUGGGCGCAUAUGCAAAUGUCGUGAGCGCGUGGGUCGAAGGGAAGCACUUUCAAGACGUUGGCUACCACUGUUGUCAUGCCACCGCACCCCCCUGGUCGGUCGGUCCCAUGCUCGUUUAUUAUCGUUUGUCGUGCACGGCGGUCGUGUCUGUACUGUCAUUGUCUAUUCUACAGUAGCCCGUUCCAAUGCAAUAAAGACCGGGCGAGUCUUUUA